UGUACCAUGCGUGAACUCGUAUAAAAUGAGGCACGACUGCGCAUAAUCUUUGUCAGGUUUUUGUCGAGACAAGAAAGCUGUUAUUUCAAAAAAUGAAACAAGGAAUUUGCAGUCAAGAAGACACGUUAUUAUGACUAUGACAAGUUGUGAACACAUAAUUGAGUAUAAGUCUAUAUAUGGAACCAACCAAUUUCGAAUAAUUCAUGCAUAUUUUAUCGCUGCUUCGUCGGAUAAUGCCAGACGAAGAAAGGGACAGUCUGGGGUAUGUCACACCUGCCGUUUUCCAUCCUUCAGACUUCAUGCCUGUCUAUAUUGUGUCUACUUUGGCUGUUAUACAACCAAACACAUACAUGAGCAUGCCUUUUCCAAGAACCACAACUUGGCUGCAGACAUGACUUAUGGGACGAUUUACUGCUUUGAAUGUGGAGACUAUGUGUAUGACAAAGAACUGGAGAGCAUUGCACAACUUCAAACCGACAAAGCUUCCAAAUCAUUAGCAGGGUUGAAGUCUUACAGUUUCAUAGCAUGGGAACCAACAGAUGUAGAAGUUGAAAUUCUAAGACAGAAUCCCAAGAGAAGAAAAGUAGAAAAUAAGUCAACUAUAGGAUUGAGAGGACUAAUCAAUUUAGGAAAUACGUGUUUCAUGAACUGCAUAGUGCAGUCUUUGAUUCACACCCCGGUGCUACGUGAUUUUUUCCUUGCUGAUAAGCACAACUGUCAGAUGACCUCGGUAGAAGCCCAGCAGUGCCUUGUGUGUGAGUUGGCAAAGCUUUUCCAAGAGUUUUAUUCUGGUAAUAGAACUCCGCAUAUUCCGUAUCGUCUAUUACAUUUGGUCUGGACCAAUGCUCGGCAUCUAGCAGGCUAUGAACAACAGGAUGCUCACGAGUUUUUGAUAGCAGCACUUGAUGUGCUGCAUCGCCACUGUAAAGGUUACUCUGAUAAUAAGUGUUUAUCCAUCAACAAAUUCUUUACAGGGAGAAAUGGAAUGGCAUCAGGGAAUCCCCACCAUUGUAAUUGCAUCAUCGACCAAAUCUUCACUGGUGGUUUACAGUCGGAUGUAACGUGUCAGCAGUGCAAUAAUGUGUCAACCACAAUUGACCCAAUAUGGGACAUUUCUCUUGACCUGGGACCAGGACCACCCAUACCAAACGUUGUCCUCAACAUGAACAACUCCAGCUCAUCGCCAAUUUCAGGUUUUACAAAUAGUCCAGGGACAUAUGAACCUACCUCACUGUUAGAUUGUUUGAAACGAUUUACCAAGCCAGAGCACCUGGGGAGUUCAGCUAAAAUCAAGUGCAGUACAUGUCACAGUUACCAAGAAUCCACCAAGCAGCUGACCAUGAAAAAGCUGCCAGUAGUGGCCUGUUUUCAUCUCAAGAGAUUUGAGCACUCCACCGGCCUCCAUAAAAAGAUCUCAACUUUUGUAUCAUUCCCAGAGGAGUUGGAUAUGACUCCAUUCAUGUCCUCCUCCCGAAAUAAUACCAAUGGCUACAGGAAUCAAAUUAUACACGAAUCUGCCAAAGGGCUUUCAUGUGAUAACAAAUAUUCAUUAUUUGCCGUUGUGAACCACAUGGGCACAAUAGAGUGUGGUCACUACACCUGUUUCAUUCGUCAGCACAAAGAUCAGUGGUUCAAAUGCGACGAUCACCUCAUCACCAAAGCCUCACUUAAUGAAGUACUUAAAAGUGAAGGGUAUUUACUCUUUUACCACAAGCAGAUUCUGGAAUAUCAGUGACAGUGCAGAUACAGAGGAAGCUGGUAUUUGUCUGAAGGGUUCCGCAACGUCUUUCUUGUAGUAUCCAAAAGUAUUAACAGAUUUUAGUCUUAUAUUUUAGUACAUUUAUAUCUAUCAAAGUUCUGUAACAGUUCAGUUGCUAGUCAUAUUAUAUACACUGUACAUGUAGAUAAUGAAAUUGACAUGAACAGCUGAGUGUUGAAAUAGACAUAAUAAUUUGAGAACAGAUCUGGAUAAUUGUAGGGUUGUGUUUGUCGUCACUUAGGGUGAUAUUUCAGACUUUGUAUUACUUAUUUUUCAUGCCUCAAUCAUUUUUUGCUCAGUUUAUUUUUGAUCUCAAUUACAGAGAUGGGACUAUAUCUUAUUGCCAGUGUUUUGAUACUUGAAGUGAGAACUUUGCUAUGUUGAAUAUUUCAUUAAUUCCUCCAAUGUAUCAAUAAGUGCUGGCAUUAGUUUCCUCGAAUUUAUCAACGCAAGCAUAAAACAAAUGCUGUCUUUCACAAUUUGAAAAAUUUCUGUUAUGAGGAAAUAUUAGUGACAAAAUUAUCAAUUACUAGUUCUCGGAUUAGCACACAUACAGUACUUAAAAAUGCCUAUACUCUUCUCUGUUUUUGUGUUAAAGUUAAUAUAUCAAGCAGGUGCAUACACACAACACAAUAAACAGAGAAAGCUUAUUACAUGUAUUUUGGUCUUCCUUGGCACAUGUGGUUAUUCAUAUUUUCUUGAUCCUUGUGAAUGUCGAACUAAAAUUUUACAAUACUACCAUUUACUCAGAACUCUGUUAACUUUGAACAAAAAUGUAGACAAGACAGAGCAAAUUUUUGUGCUUAGUAUUCAAAUGAGUUAAUAUAUGUUGUGUAGUGAUGUAUGAAAUAUGUAUGAUUUCCCUGUGUUUUAUAGAUGAGUAUGAAUUUAGCAUUAUUAUGUGGAACGUUGAGUGAAAUGUCGGUGUUCGGAGUCAGUUUGUAAAAUUAUGAAAUACAUAUGUAGAUGCAUGUUGUUUGUUGGAGUAGAAGAGGUGGUGCAUGCGUUUUUUCUUGCCAAAAAUGUAUUCCAAAUCUUGUGUGCGUUUUGGCUAUUCUCUUAUUUGCUGGUCUUUAAGAACCAGUUUUGUUAUUUUGAAAGUGCUGGAAGAAGCCUGGAGUGCUUUUUUUGUAUAUGUGGACUGAGUAUUGUGAUAUGAAAUGGAAUUCUUUGCAUUAAUUGUGAACCAGAAAUUGUGUACAGACUUAUGUAAUAUAUUGUUAGUGUAUUUAUUUAUUAGAGAGAUUGUCCAGAAUUAUGACUUGUAUAUUGUUUAAUGAGUCAAUCUGGUUUUUAUGAUUCAGAAAGUUUUAUUGACUAUUGGUGAAUUUCUGUUUGUUUACUUUAUUUGCAAUCUUUGUUUCUGUUUACUUAAAUAACAAAACCACCAACAUCCCGGCCACCCAUCUGGACAUUGUGUUCAUUUUGUAUUGGAGCUCACAAGAACUUACUGUGGAUGCUGUAAUAGUAUAGUUUGUUUUCACAAGUCGGUGAUCAUUGAUUGCGAAUUUUUCCUUGUUAGAACACUAAAAAAGGGGUGCACAUUGAUGGACCAUGAUGUAGUUAAAUUUUGACGAGACAUAUGGGUAUUGAAGCCUGCUUUGAUAGUAAUAUAAGGAAGCAACAUGUCUAUUUUACUUGGAUUUUUUGACAUUAUUUUGUUUUGUCACAUUUUCUCUCCCAUAAAACUGUUAGAGGUGUGUAUUUGGAGACAUCAUAGUUUAUGUUGUGUAAAUACAGAUUGUUUUUGUCUAUGGAAAUCAAAGUGAAUGUUUUCCAUCAUCAGAGUAAAAUGAAAACAUGACAGGAAUUGCUUUUUCAAAUCACAUUGUAAAAUGGUUUAAAUGCUGGUAUUGCUUUUGCACUUUGAGGUCCCAGUGUGUCCGUUUUCUAAUUGUUAAUUAUUAGAAAUAGUGAAAGAAAGGUUUCCGUCUCUUGAUAUUCAAACACUACUGUGAUAAAUGACGCACACUGCUUUUGGAGGGAAAUAAAAACCUCUGCUACCUCAAUUGUUCUAAAAUGGAGUAUUACAAGGUCUUAUUCAGUCAUAUCACGUGUUUAUUUUCACAUAGAUGCCUUAGUUUGUUUCCAGCUGGGUUUCUUUGUUUAAAGAGCUGUAGACUCUGUGUUUUGUGCUCUUUUUAUAUUUUUGUGUGAGAGAGGAUGCCUGUAUUAUGAGUGUUCACAGGGACCUUUCUUCAAGUGAUGUUUUGAUCCUGUCUUUGCUGUGAUAUAAUGUUCAUUUGCUAAUGUGAUGUGAACAACGAACUCAUAAUUCCUAACCUUCAAUUAAAGACCAAGAAUUGUUUCAACUCCCUAAAAAAAAUUCUUUGGUGAAUAUGCUAAAUUUUAUAUCUGUUCCAUUUGUAAUUAGAUAUUAGAAAUUUACUGUGAAAACUAUAAAUUGAUCCUUAAUGCUUCAGUUGUAUGAUCAAAGCAUAGUAUUGGUACUAAAACAGAAAAGGUUACCCUUUUAAUCACCACUAGGAGUAAGGCCUAUUGAACUCGUUUUAGAAAUUGAAUUUUUAGUCGGUCUGCAGAUCCAUGACUUAUUUUGAGGGAAUUGACAAAAUUUGAUUAUCAUACUGAGGGUGAAGUCUUUUUUUUUUUUUUAUUUAAUCAUAAUAAAGUAUGAAUGAUCAUUCCCAAAAUUAAGUCUAAUGAUAAAAUUGAUUAGUACAGUUGUUAAGGAGAGGGGGGGGGGGGGGUGUGGCAGAUCAGCUAUAUUUCACUAAACACUAAUUUAAAGAACAGCACAUUAGUUUAAAGUUGCAGUGUGUAUUUUUUUAAAUGUUUUUUUUUAGAUCCUGCCUCAAAAUAUCUUUGAAAAGUGCUGAUGAAAAGACUUUAAAUUCUAACUUACAAACAGAGGAAUAUGUGUAAAUGAUUUGUAAAGAUGGAAAUAUGUUUGUGGAAUUUGGUAAAUGAACAGUGAUAAAUUCAGCUGGCUGAUGAUUUAAUUACUGUAACUAAAUGAAAAAUUAAUGGGUAUUUGAGUGGGGUUUUUUUUUUUUUUUUACGAAAAGCAAUUUCAGGACAUCCACACGUGUUCAGAACAUGCCAGUUAAACUUUGUUGUCUUCUUUAUUGGUCCAUGUAGUACUUUCAUAGGUUAAUUUGAUAUUUAGAGCAGUUUUUACAGAUUGCAGAAUUUCUGUUAUGGUUUGCAAGGUGUCACAUCAAAAUGUGUGCCAAAUAUCACAGAAUUGUAGAACAGUUUAACUGUGUAUUGUGAAAUAUCUUAAUAAAGUGUUGAAACUAC